AUGUCGCCCUCCAUUCUCGCAUCCUGCCCCUCCGACGACGAACGCCUUCGUGAGAAGUUCUCCCGCAAGCACCCCGAAGACAGCUCCCCCGUCCCCACCAAGCGCAUCAAGACCCACCACCGCAAUGCAGAGCCUGCUGGAGCCCCUUCUGCAGCGCCAAGCCGCGUUCCUGGACAUCAUUCGGCGCCGCUUCCAGCAAAAGAUCUUCCAGCUGAUGCGGAGCGGACCACUGGUUCUGACGACGACGACGACCAUGACCAGCUUGAGGGCCGUCUCAUGAAGACCGGGCCCCUCGUCGUCUCCCCGCCGCGCAGCACCCCGGACCUCGUUUCCGACGACGACAGCGACAUCGACACCGGCUGCCUCCCCGCCUCGACCCGGCUGCGCCGCAUGAUUUUCGACGGCUCCGACCGCAUCGUCGUGUGCCCGGGCGUGUUCGACGGCUUCUCGGCCCGCGUGGCCAUGUCCGUUGGUUUCGAGGGGCUGUACAUGACCGGCGCCGGCACCACCGCCUCCCGCCUCGGCCAGCCCGACCUGGCCAUCGCCCAGCUGCACGACAUGAAAGAGCAAGCCGACAUGAUCUGCAACCUCGAUCCCAUCAACGGCCCCCCCGUCAUCGCCGACAUGGACG